GCUUGAUUCUUUGUUCGCCGUCAAAUCCCUGGCUAAUCUCGAGCUCUCAACACCUACGAAAUGACAUAGCUGCUGUCAUCACGCAACUUUCACUGCGAAACCGCCCGAACAACAACCAGAAUGGUAGUUUGCAAGUUCUACGAGCAGGGGAACUGCAGGUACGGACAGAAUUGCCGAUUCGAGCACCCACGGUCGCAAAAUAACAACCGCUUUGCAGCCUUUGGCCAAAACACAGGAGGAGGAUUCAAUCGAGGCGGCAACAACAACGAUGGGCUUCCGUACGCGCUAUCAAAGGAGACCAUUGAGAAGGAUUUGACGUCGGAAGCGCCACAAUGGAUCUUGUCCGCCUAUGGCCCCGGCAGGGAUGCUCCGGAGCAGCUUUUCGGAGGCAACUUGCGCGAGCAGAGUUUUGAGGAGAUGAGACUCGUUCAUAUGAUGGCGGAAGCCUCUGGAAAUCCUCAGCAAGCGCUCAAUCAAGCACAAGAGCUAUACCAGCAAGCCCAGCAACAAAUGAAGACGGCGGUGGGCAACCUUGACGGAGCUAUUCAAUUCAUCAUUUCUGCCGAGCAAACGCACCCCAACAGGACAGACAUUUGCAAGCAAGGCACAUUGCCAGGCGGGACCACAGGGGAGUUUGCGGUCGGAAGAAGGGGCGGCGCUUCUUCACAGCAGAACCCUUUUUCGUCAAAUUCGAACGCAGCGACAUCGAACCCAUUCUCCUCCAACAACACAAACACGACUUCUGCCUUUGGUGGUGGCGGUGGAACUUCAACAGGGAGCGCCUUUGGCCAGACUGCGACCCUGGGGCAACGUGCGAAUCCCUUUGGCGCGCCAGCUUUUGGUCAAACAUCGCAGCCAUCGCAGCCGACUUCAGCAUUCGGCCAACCAUCACAACCUACGUCGGCGUUUGGUGCCGCGAGUAGCUCCGCCCCCGCUUUCGGGCAAACAUCGCAACCUACAUCCGCCUUUGGACAACCCAGCGCGCUGGGAGGUGGCACAUCGGCUUUUGGCCAGGCCUCAGCCCUCGGUCAGAAGCCCAAUCCCUUCGGCGCGCCUGCGUUCGGGCAGCCGGCACAACCAGCAGCAGCAUCAGGGGGCAGUGCCUUCGGCCAACCAUCUCAACUUGGCGGAGGCGGCAGCGCGUUUGGCCAAGCCAGUGCUCUUGGACAGAAGCCAAAUCCCUUUGGAGGCGCGACGAGCGGCGCCAGCCCGUUUGCAAGCGCCGGCAGCAACAAUACAGCCAGUCCAUUUGGUCAGGCUUCGCAGAACACGGCCAGUCCCAGCCCAUUUGGGCAGCCCGCGCAGAAUACGACACAGAAUGCCAACCCUUUCGGGGCUCCAGCCCAGACGAACCCGAGUCCGUUUGGUCAGCCAGCACAGCCUGCGACAACAAGCGCAUUUGGGCAACCGGCUCAGACUGCAUCUUCCAAUCCCUUCGGUCAGCCAUCUCAAGCGCAGCCGGCGGCGACCAACCCCUUUGGAGCGAAAACCGAUGCGCAGCCCAGCGCCUUCGGUCAGCCGGCGGCGACUGCUCAGCCUACGCAGCCUGCCAGCGGAUUCGGGCAAACAGCUCAGCUUGGCCAGAAGACGAACCCCUUUGGACAGAACAAUGCGUCUCCGUUCGGCCAGCCGUCCGGUGGCCUCGGUGCAGGCGGAUCAGCGCCAAACCCAUUCGGAGGACAGGCCGCUGCACCAGCUGCGCCCGCCGCGCAACAAGCGGCGGCGCCUGGGAGCGGGCCGUACCCGCCGGGGAGCUCGAGGCAGCAUCCACCAGUGUCGAGCUACAGCUCCAAGGACAUGAACGGGCGGUUAUCCAAUUGGAAGGGCAAGCCCGUCACCUAUCAGGGCAAUCUGCCUGGCAUUCGAGCCUUCAACGGCGCGUGGACGAGGAUAUGGUUCCCGGAUGGCCCGCCAAACUACUACAAGGACACUGAGCUACCCGAUGAGUUAUAUGAUGACAAGUCGAAGCAGCAGUGGCAGUCGUUUGCGCAGACGGGCAAGUUUGAGGGUCUCAUGCCCGAGUUGCCUCCUAAGAGAGAGUUUUGUCUUUGGGAUUUGUAAAGGGGGCGGGCGAUAACGGAAGAGACGAAGCAAGGGGACCGAAAGCGGUCUUUAUGUACUUGUGUAAAGGGGGCUGGCAUUGCACGGCGUUGAUUUCAAAAAGGAUCAGUUGGUGACCGGGGGUUGGGGUAUCUGGCUGAGCAUGUGGUAUUAUGGUGCUCAUACUGCACUCUACCUAGUUGGGCAC